AUGGCAGAAGAUGCGGGGGUGACUCUGAUUCUUGCAGGAUCAUCUCAGCUGCAGCUGAUCCCACCUUCAACAAUCGCAGCCGUUGACGCAUCUUUGCUUCCGGAACAGGAGACGGCCCGGAAUGUGACAGACAAGGACGUGCAAUUGCCGUCGGCCGACUCAAAUGACCUUGCCUAUGUGAUCUUCACCUCCGGAUCAACAGGCAAACCGAAAGGCGUCGCUGUAACACACCGCUCCAUUGUACACUUGGUCGACUGGGUGAACACCACUUUCAACGUCACGCACGAGGAUGCGCUGCUCUUCACGACAUCAAUCGGCUUCGACCUCUCGUGUUACGACAUUUUUGGAUCCUUGGCGGCGGGGAGUACAAUCCACGUGGUGCCUUCUACCCCGGCUCCUUCUUCGGAGCAGCUGUUCCAGCUUCUGACAGCUGGCAUCACUUUUUGGGACUCCGCCCCCCAGGUCUUACAGCAGCUGGAGCCCAAUCUCCAGCGAUGGCAUGCGGCAGGCCACAAGCUGAGUGACCUGCGCCUGGUCUUCCUCAGUGGGGACUGGGUACCCAUUUCUCUGGUGCAAACCUUACAGCAGGUCGGGGCACAGCAGGUGGUGGCUCUUGGAGGUGCCACAGAAGUUACGGUUUGGUCCAACUACUUUGAAGUGGAGUCCGUUGAUCCAGACUGGACAUCCAUCCCAUAUGGCCGCCCCAUCUGGAAUCAUCAAUACUAUUGCCUAGGGCAACAAGCUGGGGCCUUGCGGCCCUUGCAUAUCGGCAUGACCGGCGAGCUUUACAUAGGUGGUGUUGGAGUGGCCCAGGGUUACAUAGGCAGGCCUGACUUAACCUCCGAACGAUUUCUACCCAACACCUUCCACAGCGGGCGGAUGUAUCGGACAGGCGACAUGGUCCGCUUCAUGCCGCUGAAACCAUGGGGAGACAUCGGCAAGAUUGCUGACCUGUCUCGGCUCACUGCUUCCAACGUCGUGUUGGAGUUCCUGGGCCGCAUCGACUCGCAAGUGAAAGUCCGUGGCUACCGCGUGGAAUUGGCAGAGAUUGAGCUCGCCCUCCUGAAGCAGCCGGGCAUCGAGGCAGGCAGCGUCCUGGCGCUGCCCUCCUCCGGUGGAAGUCAUCUUGUGGCAUUUGUCGUUGCAGAAGAAGGUGCUGCCGAGACAGCUCGCAAGGGUCUCGGUCUGUCCCUUCCGGCCUACAUGGUGCCAGACGUUUGCCUCAGCCUCCCCGCGCUGCCACUCACCAGCAGCGGAAAGGUGGACCGUGCCAAGCUCCAAUCCCUUUGGGAGGCCUUCCGCACGAAAGGCAGGGAAGGCACCGCGGAAUUCUCAGGAGGCAGCGCCUUGGAGCAGGAGGUGGUGCUGGCUUUCCAGGAGGUCCUCGGCCAACCCGUAGGCGUGGAUGACGACUUCUUCGACCUUGGCGGCCACUCCCUAUCGGCCAUGAGGUUGCAGGCGGCGCUGAAGGCUCUGAAGCCCAAGGUCGAAAUCACUCUGACGGACGUCCUCCGAGCACGUACUCCCAAGCGCGUGGCCCAACUCCUCGAAACGAUGAAGGACAAGACAAUGCCCGCACCGGUGUCGGUACCCCGGCUGCAACACUGCACCGAGCGCUCCCCCGCCUCCUUUGCACAGGAGAGGCUGUGGUUGGUCGACCAACUCUCGCCCGGAAGUGCUGCCUACAACGUGCCCUUUGCUUUCCACCUGUCAGCCUCGGCCCUGCACCCUCGCCCUCUCACUUGCGGAAACCUACUGACUUCGCUGGAGGCCUUGGUGGAGAAGCAUUCCGCACUGCGCACCACCUUCCUUCAAGGCGAGGAAGACAGCGCAACGCCGCUGUUUCAGCGGAUUCGCGCCGCGGAAGCUGUCUCUUUGCCGGAUGCAGUAUCCACUGCGGCCUGCUUGUGCAGCUGGCUCUGGCUGCACCCACCUUCCAGCAAGAGCUGGCCAGAAGCUGCGCAGGGCGCUGCCGAGAGGAUGCGCCGUGAUUCCAGCAAAGGCUUUCAACUUGACCGCGGCCUUCUGCGAGUUCAUGUCUUCUGCAUGCCCGAGCUGGAAGGCAACUCCAGCUUCCUGGUGUACUUCAACGUGCAUCACGCUGCAUUUGAUGCGGUGUCUCAGGUCCUUUUGGAAAAGGAGUUACUCGCGCUUCUCAUCUCAGACUCGCCCUGUGCCCCACCUUCGCUGCAAUAUCGAGACUAUGCCGUCUGGCAGCGUGAUUUCCUGGCUGCUGGGGAGGAGCAGCGGUGCCUGGAAAUCUGGGCUGCAGAGCUCGCAGGUGUUACCCUCAGCCUCCCGCUCGACCGACCUCCUGAAGGCCCCUGCUCAGCUGGCCAGCUGGUCUCCGAGUGGCCUUCGGACAGCUUUACACCUUUGCGCCGCGCCGCAGCGGCGCUGGGCGCCUCCGAAAUGGCCCUCCUGCUCUCGCUCUUCGGCCUCGCGCUUGGACGCCGUUGCGGCCAGGAGGAGCUCCUUGUGGGCAUUCCGGAGGCUGGCCGGAGCCAGGCAGCGGAUCUUCACAACAUCGUGGGCUUCUUCGUGAACACGUUGCCCAUCCGCAUUCAACUUCACGGGGAGGCAAAGCAAAGCAACACCUUCGGCAACCUUGUCCAGAGGACUCAGAACCGAUUGCUUGUUGCCUUGGACGCGGCCGCGCUUCCUUUUCAGAGCAUCGUUGCCGAGCUCCGAAAAACGCGCGGAGAGGAGCUAGAUGGCCAGAGUCCAAUCGUCCAAGCCUUCUUCCAGCACGUUGUUGCAGGUCAGUUUUCGGAUGACUCGAGGAAGGACGCCGGGAAAAGGGGCCUUCAUGUCGAGGACUUCGAUUUUGGUCCAACUCCAGCAACGGCCAAGUUCGAAAUCAGCCUUCAGACAUCAGCUUUGGGGAACGGCUGCUGUGCUGUUCGCUGGGAGUUCAUGAAGGAGGCGCUGUCAACCGAUGCCGUCCAAGUGCUGGAUCGCCAUUUGGCUGCAAUGGCUCGGCGCCUUGCUCUGUCAGAGCAAGCGCAGAGCUGCCGACUAACGGAUCUUGCUAUGGCCCCGCAUGAUGAACGACAGGCCGUGUUGCACAGCUGGGCUUCAAGCCAGGCACCCCCUCUCCCGGACCGCCUCCGCUUGGAGGGACUCUUCCUGCAACAGGCGCAGCGCACUCCGAGGCAGACGGCGCUCUUGAUGCACGGCGACGACGGCGACGGCGAUGGCGCCGAGGGCACAAGUCUGUCUUACGAAGCUCUGGCCCAGGCCGCUCGUGGAAUAGCAAGAGAGCUGAGUGCAGCUCUGGUUUCCCGUGCCACUUCUGGCAAUCCGAAACUUCGGAACGUGGUGGCCGUUCUGGCAGCUCGCUGUAAGGAGCUCCCGAUUGCUCUGCUGGGCAUUUUGUUGGUGGGUGCUUCCUUUUUGCCACUGGCACCCGAGAAUCCCCUGGAGCGGCUGUGCUUCAUGGUGGAUGAGGCAGGUGCUGUGGGUCUGGUGGCCACGGCUUCUGUGGCGGAGAUUGGGCGUGUGAUAGUGAGCCGUACGGGAAGUGCUGGCCAUAGCGACCGUGGCGGCCUUCCGCUCGUCUUCCUCGAAGUUCCGGACAUGUCUUUGACUCCAGAGCCACAUGUGGACCGUCUGUCUACGCCCGUUCCCCAAUCCGCUCCAGUCACAGGACGAUCACAGGCAGCUUCGCAAGCAGCCUAUGUGCUGUUCACAUCUGGCUCGACCGGGCAACCAAAGGGCGUGGUGCUCUCGCACAAGGCGCUCCUCUCACACCUCUUGCCCUACAUACGCACUCUUGGGCUGAAGGUGUCAGACCGAGUACUGCUUACCAGCUCUUUCUCCUUCGACAUGGCGUAUUCGCAGCUUUUUGGCGCACUGCUCAGUGGGGCCACAUUGAUCCUCACACAAGACAACCCCAUGGUGGAUCCAUCCGAACUUUGGGCGAUCAUGAGACAGAAGUCUGUGACUUUCACAACGCUGGUCCCAUCUGUGCUUUCAGCCAUGGUUCAUCUCACCACGGAGACUUUGGAACUUCCAAGUACGAGGCACUUGGGCUGUGGCGGUGAACCGCUUGCCUCUGCUGCAGCUGAUUUCUACAAGCGGGCGCCGGCGUCGAGACUCAUGCUGCACAAUCGCUACGGCCCAACAGAGUGUGCCAUCAAUGCUUUGAUGUUUGGGCCUACGCUACUGCACAAGAUUGCCAGUGAGGAUGUGCCGAUCGGUUGGGCCUCAGCCCAUCGGCAUGUCCAUCUCAAGACGAAGAAAGAAGCAGAUGGAUGUGACGAAUGUGAGGCACCUGAGCAAGAUCUGUUAACACUUGGGUUAGGCGGAGAGCUCUUGCUGGCAGGUCCUGGUGUGUCCUUGGGGUACGUGGCAAGACCCGAGCUGACAGAGCAUGCUUUCAGGGAGUCUUCUCGGGGCGCGGGGAGGAACUACCUCACUGGAGAUCUGGUGGUGCGAACGCGCUCCAGACGUGGCUUUCGUGGCUGCCUGCGGUUCUGUGGUCGCAAGGAUGCGCAGGUAAAGCUCCGGGGCCAGCGCGUGGAGCUAGCGGAGAUCGAGCGUGUGCUUUGCCGAAGCUCCACGGUGGAAUCCUGUGCUGUGCUCCUUGUGCCAGCCCCUGGUUCAAGCGGCAAGGCCAGCAAGGCUGGUGAGGGCGGCGGGGCUGGUAAGGACCUGGACUGUGGUACAUGCUGUAUGUUGGUUGCUGUGGUUUCUUCGCUGGAUUCCUCGGAGACUUUAGAGGAGGCCUUGCUGGAGGCCUGUCGAAGGAGCCUCCCCGGUCCCAUGGUGCCUCAGCGCUUUCUUUUCCGGCGAACCACGGAGUGGCCGCGCACCACGUCGGGCAAAGUCGAUCGCCGCGCCCUCGCCGCUUCGGUCGCAGCAGAGCUGGGAGGCCGGGAGAAGCUAAAGGAGGCAAAUGAGGGAAAUAAGGCAACCGAGGGAGCACAAGAAGGACAAAGUGGACAAAGGCAAGAGGCCUUGUUGGCCAUCCUGAGGGAGGUCACAGGCAGGGCGAUCGCCGCGCCUUCGCAGCCGCUGGACAGCUUGGGCUUAACCUCCCUCUCGGCUGUGAGGGUGGCCUCCAUGGCACUUGCUCGUGGGAUACCUGUCUCCGUUCGCCAAGUGCUCUCACCGGGUGUCUCGGUGUCAACGCUCGUGGAGGACCCUGCGCGCGGAGCGUCCAAAGCGCUCCAGGACCUGGCCGCCCUCCUCCUGGGCAGCAACGAGGUGGCCUGGAAGGUUCUUGCCGCGCGGCCGAUUAAGGCGAAGCCCGUGCACUCCCCUACGGAUUCUGCCGCGGAUUCCGGUGCCGAUUCCGCGGAUUCUGUGGAUGCGACGGUGCUCUUGUGCCCUGGCGACGGAGGGGCCGGGAUCGACGGCUACCGGCCCCUGGCUCGAGCCCUGCUGGAGGCUGCGCCGAAUCUGGCUGCGGUGAGCGCGGCCGACGGCCUUCUCAGUGCGAGAUCGGAGAGCUUGGAGGAUUUGGCGGGCUUGCUCUUGCAGAGGUCCGUCACAGGUGGCUCGAGCAAAGGCAUUGUGCUGUUGGGCCACUCCUGGGGCGCCAUGCUCGCGCUGGCUCUGGCCCGUGCCUUGCUUGCUGAUGGGAAAGCUCUGCAGGCGGUUUGGCUGUUGGACCCGUCCUCGAAACACUUGGUACCGGACUUACCGGCCGAGCCAGCCGAGGAGGAGGCUUUGGUCGAGUUCCUGGAGAUGAUGCUGCGCUUGGCCUCACAGGGCACUGCUGCUUGGGUGGCUGCGCAGCUGGCACUGCAGGACGCAUGCAAUGCUGCCAGCUUAGGGAAUCUGACUGACGCGGAGGAGGCAUUGGGCGACGCAUGGCCGCAUGUGCGGCAUGCCGCCAAACGUAGGUCUCGCAACUUAAAGUUGCGACCGCGCUCGUUGGGCCCGCUAGACCCGCUGCCGGUGCCAAUCCACGUGAUGCUGGCUGCACGGGACGGUGAGAGCAACGAAGACGGCAAGCGACGAUACGAAGAAGUGGAGCGACUGCUUCAGCAACUUUCCGCGGAUGUCUCUGUUUCAUGGGUGUCCGGCAACCAUCAUUCCAUGCUGGAGCUUGCGAACUGCAUGUCUCUGGCCACUGCCCUGGUUCGCUCUACAGACCUUCCUGGAUCUGGAACAUAG